AUGCCGAUGCUGAAGGUGGUGUGUGGUCAGCAGACAGGUGCUGCCAAUUGUAAUCAGCAGGACUGGCAGGCAGGAGCAUUAUCCAAUCUACACUCCUCCCCCUUAAAAGCCAGACGCUGCCACUACUCAUCACCGGAUCGUGAACCUCCACUUCUGGAUCAUCCGGAACCACCUCAUGCUCUCCUCAGUUCCAUCACGGCCACAGCCAGGAUUCCACCGCUGCAGCACCUGUCCGUCCAGGCUGGUCUCCAUCUGCCACACGUCACCUCACCAACCUUACCCCGUCCCACCAUCAUUUCCUACCCAGGGCAGUUAAGUUCCCUGUUUCUCGCUGAGCCUGUUUAUAACAGUUUAUAUGAUAAUGUUUUUUCUGGUUUGCUUCUUUUGACUAUCAACAGCAUCCUUGCAAACUUCAGCCAUGAAGCUGUGGAUGAAAACCAAAACAACACAGAUGAGACCUGGUGCCUUUAUGAUCCAGUCGAUUGGAUCUUCACUGGGAUUCCAGUGUACAUCCUGAUCAUCAGUGUGCUGGGAAUCUUCUUGAAUGUCUUUGUGUUGAUGGUUUUCUGGCUCCACAAAAAGGCCUGUACUGUGGCUGAGAUCUACCUGAGCAACCUGGCUGCUGCCGACCUCUUUCUGAUGUCUCCUUUUCCUGUCCUUGCUGUGAUUGCAGUAACAAAAUAUGACUUGCACCUUAGUGAAACUGUUUGUAAACUGGUCCCCUUCUCUGUCAACAUCAAUGUCUACUGCAGCAUCAUCAUCCUUGCUCUGGUGAGCAUUGACCGAUAUUUGGCACUAGUUCACCCACUGACCAGUGGAAGAAUGCGGAGGCCAUUUUAUGCCAAAGUGGCAUGUGUGCUGGUGUGGGGUGUAUGCUUUCUCUUGAAUGUUCCCACAGCCAUUUACAGGGAAGUUGUACAUGACUCUGAGGGAAAUUUUACCACAUGUGAUUUAAAUUUUCCAAGUCCUUCUAUGUAUCUGGUGUUUCAAGGGAUCCGUGUUUUCAUCUUCAUCAUCCCCACUUUCCUUAUUUCCUUCUGCACCCUCAGAAUUAUUCACGCUCUGAGUGGGACCUUAAAGAAGGAGUUAAAUGCUCAGAAAAAGGAGCAGAAAGCCACCACUCUGGUCCUGGUGGUGCUCUUGGCGUUCCUCAUCUGCUGGAUGCCAACGUAUAUGGUUAGCAUACUAUACCUGCUCAGUGGAGUUAAUAUUCUCAAUAGCUGCCGCUUUUUCAGUAAUCUGCAUCACUUCCGAGUCAUCUUGACCAGUUUAGCCUUAUCCAACAGUGUUCUCAACCCCAUUCUCUAUGUCAUUUUAGGGACAAACUUCCAGACAAAAGUUAAAGAAUUAUUCAUGCAGAUAAGCACAAACCUUUAAGCUGAAGUGCUGCAAACAGAUCUAGGGUGCACAAUUUUAUG